GUUAUGUGAUGGCCUAGAUUACUUCCCGAACACUGCUCUGGGGUCUGUUGACAAGCCGGUCGGUGUCACCAGUCACAGCUGUGGUGACGCAGCUUGAGUACCGUCAAUCGUGACAGUCGGUGCCAGGUGGACCGCCUAGAAUAGCAUGCACAUAGUAAAAAUUAUUAUUAACACAGCCUUGUAUGCCGGCGCUAAAUGGGGCCAUAAGACGUUUUCCGAAACUCGUUCAGAGUCACUGUUAGUGCGCGUUGUUACCAGAAUUGAUCACAAGCCAAGGCUGCUGUCGAUUUACAUAAGGGGCAGUCGCCGUCACCCACAACCAAACUGUCCCGACUCGAGUUGAGGAACAGGAGUAACAACAACGGAGCGUCGCCCAGUCACUAGCCCUUUACUUUGACCAUGGGUCAGCGUGGAUCUAAAAGCACAGCGACCUCACAAUUGCUGUUCAUCUGUGAAGGAGGUGUUGCAAAACCCAUUGAAAUGUGCGAGAAACAAGACGAACUUUCUCCACCAGCCAUUGGCGCCACCAACGAAGCUUCUCCACCAGCCGCGGGUGCCACCCGAACAACGGACCCAAAAUCGUGGCAGGUUGGAAAGCGCAACGGGGACAGUGGUGGUCCUGAGAAUCAAGAAUUUGUGUUCGUGGAAGAUCCGAUAGGUGGUGUUUGGAUGAACCCAAAAGACAUCGCCUGAAGAUGGGGAAACCGCAUAUUUUUGUCCGUUUCCGCUUGCCAACAUCAAACUGGCCAUGCGUACUUGCCUGAAGUUGUGCGUUGUGCCACAGAUCUUUGGGUCAGUGUUGAUGUUGCGAAAGCUGGGAGUUAUGCCGUUAUGCGUAAUAGGCCUACUCAUCUACAAUAACAUGGAUGGCUUAUUAACAGCAAGGGUUGUGCUAACACCCGACUAACGCUGUUCUGGAUGGAAAGAAAAACGGCCAAUGAUUGGAGACAGACAGAAAGCAAGGCAUUGUCUGAAAAGGAAAAUACAAAGGAUGCUGCUGAGUAAAUGAUCUCAUUGUAAGCUCCAAGCACGUUGUGGGACUGACACCAUGGAUUAAUCAGUGAACUGUAAAGAUCUGUAUGUAAAGAACAUCUUACUGAUAUGGCAUCCAUAAUUAUUAACCAAGACAAUGAGAUUGUUAUCAUGAGAUUCAGAGAGUGCUCCCACCCACACCCGUGCGCACGCGCGUGCGCCGCUCGCUCGCGCGCGCGCACACACACACACACACACACACACACACACACACACACACACACACACACACACACACACACACACACACUGAGUGAAAUACUUCUAUUUUUCUAGUGUUUUUUCUGUCUAUAAUAGUUUUUAAUCAAUAGGCCUACUGUAUCUGCUCCCUUGUUGUAUUACACAUUAUCUAGGCCCUAUACAUUUGACAAUGAAGUUGACAUCCCAGUUUUGUUUUGAACUAAAUUGUGAUACAUAAUCAGUGUUACAAUAAAUGACACUGCGUGGCAAGAUCUGUAAAGUUGUGGUAAUUGUCCACAUGGCAGAGAAUGUCAUGCUGUAGAAUCAUUAGCCGUCAUCCUUGCGGAGCUACCCAACCUAGUAUGUGCUCAGUUGACUAUACUUUGACCUCACAGACCUGGCCUACCCUUAUCAGUGAAUUUUGAGCUAGCCACUAAAUCCAUAACUCACCAAGCAACACAAGGAAACACACUCACUGAUUAAAUACACAGGCAAGAAGACUAGCAGCACACAGCUUCAGUGUUUUCUCUCGCUGUCUAAAAUGGGACAGAAAUCUGGCAAGUCUGCUGAGAUUCGAGUGCUGCUUUUAGGGCUUGACUCAGCUGGGAAGUCCACCACCCUCUACAAACUAAAGUCCAACCAACACUUUUCAACAGAUCCCACAGUUGGAUUCAACGUGGAAACGAUUGAUGUCAAGAACAAGAGAAAGCUGGCUCUCACUGUGUGGGAUAUCGGAGGACAAAAAAGUAUGAGACCUCACUGGAAAGACUUCUACGAGGAUACUGCAGGAGUCAUUUUUGUUGUGGACUGCUCCGAUAGGCAACGCUUGAGCGAGGCCAAGAAAGAGUUUGAGCACAUCCUGAGGAAUGAGCUCCUAAAGAGCCUGCCAGUAGUGAUUUUUGCCAACAAACAGGACAUCCCUGGAGCUAUGACAGUACACGAAAUCACAGAGCAUUUCAAUAUGAACAAGACAUGCAGCGACAGAGACUGGUAUGUUCAAUACUGUUCAAGUACUACUGGAGUUGGACUGGAGGAGGGCAUGCAGAAAAUGGCUAAUCUUGUGAAGAAGUUUCCCUGAAGGCACUCUUGGAAGAAAUCACUACAUUCGAAAGCCGUAUCAACCAGACAUUUAAUUUAUAGCUUUGUGAUACAACUCAAAGAUUAUUGGGUCACUGAUUCAUUUUCAGUGCCACACUAUCCUUAAUUAUUUCAUGACUGACGAUGUCUGAAAUUGGACACCAGACUCAAAAGGAAUUCAUCACCAAGUGUGUGACCUUAGUGUUGUGGGUAGUAUCAGGGUAGGCCUAAGUGCUCACAACAAUUAAAUGUCCACUUAAAUUAGUUGCACUGGCCUCCCAAAACGUAAUGUAUGAUCUAAACAGUGUUAGUCGCAAUAUGCUCCACUCUGGCACGUCUGUGAUAGCCAAGGGUGUGGUGUCAUGAUAAUGGCCUUACAAUUGUAUCAUUAUGGGUGGUAUCAUUCUCGGUUACAUCACGAGAACUCCCAUGCUAUCAAUACAAACACCGAUCCCAAACGUCACCUGGUUUUAUGUCACUAUUCCUUCGGGUAGUGUCCUUCAAGGCAUGUUGGCCUAAACUCUGUGGAGUUGCCAUUCAGCAUUGGCACUCCCAGAUGGAGCUGUGUGUAUUUCAGAUAUGACAUUGCGACAUUUGGAGUAUAGCUAGGCCUAUAUUUUGCUGUCUCUGUCUCUAUGGUUUUGGUUUUGAUUGAUUUUCUUUACAUCUUAGGCAUCUUGGGCCUCACCUUGUUUAGUCACAUUUCAUCUAAUUGAUUUUCAGCUGUUCCUUUAAACUCAUAUCAUAGUUAAACUCUGUGAUAAGCAGUAACUCAUUGUUAUUAACAUAACUGUUAAUAAAGUGUUUGUUCAUUUACCUUUCA